GGAAUUGCACAAACACAGUCGGCCUUCAUAAAAGUGUAAAAAGCAACUGGGCUAAUACAUCAGAGAAUAUUCCCGAAAGGAGCUCGUCCAGAUCCAGUUAACGAAACAGAAUUCACGCAAAUCCAAGCAGUUGACAAUGCAUCCUUUUACUUAUGCCAUAUCCGUGGACUUCGAGGCCACCUGCUGGGAAAAUCAACCGGAGAUAAUUGAGUUCCCAGCCAUUUUGGUCAAUCUGAAAACGGGUAUGAUCGAGGCGGAGUUUCACAAGUACGUGAUGCCCGUGGAGUCGCCGCAACUGAGCGAAUACUGUACCAAUCUGACGGGCAUUCAGCAGAAGACUGUGGAGGCGGGAGUGCCACUGCAGACGGCACUCAAUUCCUUUAUCGAAUGGCUGAAGAAGGAAUUGAGCGCCCGAAACCUGGUGCUACCAAAGAUGAGUAUGACCAAUCCACAGGGAAACUGUUUCUUCGUCACCUGGACGAACUGGGACUUUGGAAUCUGUCUUGCUAAGGAGUGCGCACGCAAGAAUAUACGUAAACCAACCUGCUUCAAUCAGUGGAUAGUCGCGAAGGCCAUCUACACGAAGUGGUACAAGUAUCGUCCCUACAGCUUCGACAAUGCCCUGGCCCAUGUGAGGCUGACCUUCCAGGGACGUGCUCACUCCGGCAUCGAUGAUGCCAAGAAUCUGGGCAAUCUCAUUUGCAAGAUGUCUCGUGAUGGAGCCCCCUUUUCGAUCACCAAGGAUCUGACACCACAUAAGGAGCUCAACGAGAACCGUGGCUUCUGAGCUUAAGCGGUCAGCCAUCAGCCAUCAGCCAUUAGCCAUUAGCCAUCCCAGCCAGAGCCAGAGCCCCCCAGCCAGAGCAUAAUAAUCCAUUUGUUUGUUGGAUUAUGUUUAAUAUUCAACGCCACAGUAACCCAAGGACACUAAUGCUGACUAAGAGAUGGGCCCAAUUUAAACA